GGCCAAUGGGCGGCGAGGGGCGGGGCCCCCGCGGGGCCGGAAGGGGCGCCCGGCCCAGACCCGGCCCCGCGGCCUCCGCUGCGCCCCGGGGCCGCCCCCGCGUCGUCCCCGCAGCCCCCGGUGAUCUCCCUCCGGUUCCCCUCGGUGAUCCCCCCCACCGGGCUCCUCGGUGAUUCCCCCCCGCCUCGUUCCCUCAGCGCCCUGGUGAUUCUCCCCACGUUCCUCUCAGCGCCCCGUGAUCCCCUAGCCCGGCUUCUGCAGAGCCCCGAUGCCCCCCGACCCUCCGUAGCCCCUCACUCCGCCCCAUCCCCUCCCGGCUUCCCCCGUGUUCCCCUCGGUCCCCCAGAGCCCACUCGGUGCCCGCUCCCCACCGCCAUGAGCGAGCUGAAGGACUGCCCGCUGCAGUUCCAUGACUUCAAGUCGGUGGACCACGUGAAAGUGUGCCCCCGCUACACGGCCGUGCUGGCCCGCUCGGAGGACGAUGGCAUCGGCAUCGAGGAGCUGGACACACUGCAGCUGGAGCUGGAGACGCUGCUGUCCUCUGCCAGCCGCCGCCUUCGCGUCCUGGAGGCUGAAACACAGAUCCUGACGGACUGGCAGGAUAAGAAGGGCGACCGGCGGUUCCUGAAGCUCAGCAAGGACCACGAUGUGGGCACAUCUGUAAAACAUGGGAAGCCCAAGAAGCAGAAGCUGGAGGGCAAAGGGGGCCAUGGAACUGGGCCCGGGCCUGGCCGGCCCAAGUCUAAGAACCUGCAGCCCAAGAUCCAGGAAUAUGAGUUCCAGGAUGAUCCCAUUGAUGUGCCUCGCAUCCCCAAAAAUGAUGCUCCAAACAGGUUCUGGGCAUCGGUGGAGCCGUACUGUGCCGAUCUCACCAACGAGGAGGUCAGAGUCCUGGAGGAGCUGCUCAAGCCGCCAGAGGACGAGGCUGAGCAUUACAAGAUUCCACCGCUGGGGAAGCAUUACUCCCAGCGCUGGGCACAAGAGGACCUGCUGGAGGAGCAGAAGGAUGGAGCCCGGGCAGCAGCUGCUGCCGACAAGAAGAAAGGUGUCCUGGGGCCGCUGACUGAGCUGGACACUAAAGAUGUCGAUGCUCUCCUGAAGAAGUCAGAAGCCCAGCACGAGCAGCCAGAGGAUGGGUGUCCCUUUGGUCCCCUGACACAGCGUCUGCUGCAGGCCCUUGUGGAGGAGAACAUCAUCUCCCCUGUUGAGGACUCCCCCAUCCCUGAGAUCACCGGCAAGGACUCGGGGGCUGACGGUGCUGGCACAUCUCCCCGCAGCCAGAACAAGCCCUUCAGUGUCCCCCACACCAAGUCACUGGAGGGGCGGAUCAAGGAGGAGCUGGUGGCCCAGGGCCUGCUGGAGUCAGAGGACCGCCCGGCUGAGGACUCGGAGGACGAGGUGCUGGCGGAGUUACGCAAGAGGCAGGCAGAGCUGAAGGCGCUCAGCGCGCACAACCGCACCAAGAAGCACGAGCUGCUGCGGCUGGCCAAGGAGGAGCUGCACCGGCAGGAGCUGCGGCAGCGUGUGCGCAUGGCUGACAACGAGGUGAUGGAUGCAUUCCGCAAGAUCAUGGCUGCCCGGCAGAAGAAGCGCACGCCCACCAAGAAGGAGAAGGACCAGGCCUGGAAGACCCUGAAGGAGCGGGAGAGCAUCCUCAAGCUGCUGGAUGGGUAGCAGGGACCAAGGACCCCCCCAGUCUGUGUGGACAUCACCCGCAGGGGGCUGCCUUGCCUGAGCCCUGCCACCACGGGAUGGGACUGGCACAGCCUCCCCCAUGCCCUGAGUCUGCUCAGCCUCCCUACUCGGACGGAGGAGCCCAGCUGCUGUCCCCUCCCUGCGUAGGGCUGUCACUGACCCAAGCUGGGCACCCCUGGAGUUGCGGAGGUCCCUCCCUUGAACACCCCCACUCCAGCUGGUGGCUUCCACUCCCGUGUUCCCCCUGCACUCCCCUGUUACUCGGGUGACAUCAGCCAGGUCACUGCAGGGGCCAGACGUGGCGCCUGUGAUGGUGCCAUUCCUGCGGUCCCCUGUCCCUCUCUGUGAUGCGGGGCAGGGGGAGAUCCCAGCCCCGCGGGUGGACUGGGGGGAGUGGGGAGGGGAAGCGGCUGGACGGGUGAGGGGCCUGGUGGGUGGGUGGUCGAGCUCUCCAUGUACCGGUGGUUUCUAUUGCCGCGAGCACCGGCAAUAAAGGCAGCCGUGUGCAGGU